AUGCAUUUCUUCAAAACUCUGCUUGCUGGCGCUGCUCUUGUGGCCUCCGCGGUCGCCCAGGGAAAACUGGCGUUUACCUCUUUCCCAGAAAAUGUUAAAGUUGGAUCUCCAGUGACUGUGACAUGGAGUGGAGGUGCCUUGAAUACGCCCGUUACCAUCACAUUGCGAAAGGGCCCAAGCAACAACCUCAAGGACGUCGCUGUUCUGACCACCUCUGCUACUGGCAGCGCCUUUACUUGGACUCCACCAUCUUCGUUGCCAAGUGGACCAGACUAUGCUCUUCAGAUCUCGCAAGGCGAUCAGAUCAACUACACUGGUCUCUUUGCCAUUUCUGGGGGAUCUGGCACUCUUCCCUCCUCCAGCGCUGCUACUACCACCCCUGCUACCACGCCUAUGACAAUGACUACACCAGUCAUCACCUCAUCUUCCAGCUCUUCCUCCAUUGUUGUGCCUACAACUACCAUGUCUCCUCCUCUCAGCACCGGCCCACAGAUCAGCAGAAAUACGAGCACUACGAUUGGCAGAAACUCGACCAUCAGCACCCCGGGACUUACCAGCACCCGCGUCCCAACUCUUACCCCUAGCUCUUCUUCGGCUCGACCCACUGUGGUUCCUACUUCGAGUCCAAAUGGUGCUUCGGUCAUCAUGGCCGCCCCCGGUGCCCUCCUUCUCGGCGCUCUCGCUGUGUUCGCAUAUUUGAACUAG